AUGUCGAAUUUGUCAAAGCUUGAAUUUAUGACACUUGACAUCUCUGGGAAUAACUAUUUAUCAUGGGUACUUGAUGCUGAAAUUCACCUUGACGCUAAAGGUCUUGGUGACACUAUUAAAGAAGGAAAUGAAGCAUCAAGUAAGGAUAAGGCGAAAGCCAUGAUUUUCCUUCGCCGUCAUCUCGAUGAAGGGUUAAAAAGUAAAUAUUUAACCUUGAAAGAUCAAUUUCAAUUAUGGACUGGUUUGAAGGAACGACAUGACCACGUAAAAGCCACAGUAUUGCCAAGAGCUCGUCAUGAGUGGAUGCACUUACGGCUACAGGAUUAUAAGACCAUAAGUGAAUAUAAUUCUGUUGUAUAUAGAAUAAUUUCCCAACUAAAAUUAUGUGAGGAACCUAUGAAUGAUGAGGACAUGCUGGAAAAGACUCUUUUCACUUUUCAUGCCUCAUAUGGUGUUACAGCAGCAAUACCGUGA